AGCCAUCUUGAAAUUGCUGCGUACCAAUGAGCCUGGGACGGCUAUGUCACUCUGGAGACGAGGCUUGUAAUUAAGCCCGGGAAAAAGGAAUAUGGCGGCCAAGGAAGAAGACGUGAAAGCCCAACCGUUGGUGAUAUUUUAUGAUAGUGAAGCCGCUAAUGGAAAUGUUUACUGUGGUGAUAUCAUAGAAAUUGCAGCAAAGUGCCAUCCUGAUGUUGUGAAAGGGUCUUUUCGGUCGUUGAUAAACACCAAACAACCCCUGUGUGCCUUCGCUGCAAGAGAUUGUGGUCUGUCACAGGAUGAUUUGAGAAACAAGCCGUACUUCAGGGAGGUUUUUCAAAAAUUUCUCUUUUGGAUAGAUGGCAUGGUGAAAUCAGCCAGAAAGAAACAUGGGAAGCAGUUUUUGCCAGUGUUGUGUGCACACCAUGGCUAUCAAUUUGACUUCUUGAUUUUGCUGAACAACAUGGAGAGGUUCGGAAUACAUCACUCAGUUUUGACCCAGCUCAAUAUUCAUUUUGCAGAUAGUUUGGUUUUCUGUCAUGAGCUGAAAGACAAUGGGGAGAAGUUGCUGGCCAACACAAGACUGUCCCUUGAAGCACUGCAUAAGAAAUUCUUUCCAAAGAAAAUUUUCAAAGACAGACACAGAGCCAUGGGUGAUGUAGAUGGAAUGGUUAAGAUCUUCACACAGACACCACUUCGAAAACUACUUCACCUCAUGAAGUAUUCAUCUACCAAAGAAAGAUUGGAGUAUUACAUCUCUCAGUGUGGAAGAAAACAGCAAAGAGCCAUUUUAGAAGAGAAACUGUGCAAGCUGGAUGCGUGCAGUAAGAAUAUGUCAAUAAAGAAACUCUUAAAGGAGGGAGUUACGUACAAUUCUCUCAGAAGAAUCUUUGAAGACUGCUGCUCUUUUAUGGAUUUUUUUGAAGUCAUGAAAACCUAUGGUAUUGAAAGGAAAGUGUCGAAGGUUAUGGCAUUGCAUUUUGGUGGACUUGGGCUUCAAAACCAAGGCCUAACAGCGUACUCGUACUUCUAUGAAGAGAAACCAAACCAAGCGAGUGCAGAAAGUCGCAAUGCUGAAAGUAAACCACAGCCAAACGUGGUCAGUGUGAAAACCCCAGAAGAUGACAGGUUAUCCGAAAAAGAUGAUGGUACUGAGGACUGGGAGAGAGACUUAGUAAGAGCUGCACCUCGAAGUAACUUCACCCUUAAAUGCAAUACUCCUGCUCCUCUGAGCCUUGAUCUUGACGACUUAUAUUAUGCUCAUUCAGAGAAGAAAAUAGGAGUUGAAUCCCUAAAAGGGAAAUUGAAGUCUGAGAUAACUAAUUCUUCGCGCAAAUCUGAAGGAGAACUUUCCCUGUCUGAGAGUAAAAAUGUUGAAGUCGUUAGUAACAGUUCACGGGGAAAAAGCCCAGGAGCUCACACCAGGAAGGGUUCUUCUGACUCAGCACCUCAUGCACCGAAGCAGAGAGGUGAAAAGACUGUCAAACGGAGAAAAUCUUUCGGAAAUAAUAAAGCAGACGGCAUGCUUUUCAAGGAAGUCACCUUUUCAGAAAAAGACAACAAAAGAGAAGUUACACCGAUGCAGUCCAAACCAAUUAAUCCUCCCAGAAGUGAUAACUAUGUUAAAAAUAACAAACCGUCCCUCCGCUGUUCGUAUUCUAAUGAACAUAAACCAGAGACUGAACUAAAAGAGCAACCUUUUGAUAGAUGUCGCUCCCUUACUGAAUGUUCAGAAGCAAAGUUACAGCCUACGGAAAUUUCCGACGCAAAAAGCGAUCCAUCCACAGCAAACCUGGAGCAGAAAUUCGCUAGUGUUCUCAUAGGAGACAUUACUAUUCUUGUUCCGUUUGAGUACGAUGGGGAAGAUUGUGAUUCUAAUGUAACUGCUGCAAGUGACCCUGAAGCACAUACUCAAGAGAAGAGCAGAGAACUGAGUUCGACACAAGAAAGCCGAGUCGUUGACAGUGCACCUGUAGUCCAAUCAGUGCAAGGGCUGCUUGAAACACACGUUGGAGACCUGACUGAAGAAGAUAGUUUUGAUCCUAACGAGGUAAUAACGUCGUUACAUCAGAAUUGCGAAUUACCUCCUGAUAAUUCGAUGAUGACUGUCGCACCGAAUUUCCCCUCUGAAAAUGGUCAGUCUCUUCCAAAAUCAUCUGAAAGUGCUCAUGAAACAUGCUCUGAAAAACAACUUGAAUCGUGUAACGAAACUACCCUGAAAUCCAGUUUUGUGGUAUCUGGUGUUCGGUCUGGCAGAGACACUUGUCAUGCACUCCCAUCAUCCUUGGACUUUGACCAGUCCCCUGAAAAUGCCUUGGUACAAGAUCAAGUGACUUGCGUUGGAGAAGAGAAAGCAAAUGUUAGCAUUGAUUUACAAGGGGUAGAAACAAGUGUUGAUAAUUCCAUUCCUCUUGUUAACCUGUCAAGUAGUGGUUUUCAGGUCUUGAAGGAAGCUAAUCGAGGAAACUCAACAAGUAUCUUUGAGACGAAUGGUAACUCCAUUCAUGAAGCGUGCUCGACUAACGAAAGCCCAUGUCUGAACAGCUCAACGGUAGAAAGAAACAGUGGUCUGACUUCUUCAUGGACAGAACUGUCAUGUGCUUAUUUACCCAAUAAUGCUUUAUUGUCAUCCAGUCUGAUAGAAAACCCUUCCCUUGGAAACUGUGGUAUUAAUCAGGGUUUUACAUCCGAUCUUACAAGCACUGAGAGUGCAAUUCAAGCACGUGGUGAUUUCCCAGCUGAAUUGUCGUCAGAGGGCAGCAGUUUUAGUGAUAACCAAUCUGUUGACGAACAUACAUUCUCACGUCAACCGCCACUUGGCGAGGAGCGACUAUAUACCCCUGACACAGCUCAGCAGCAAUCUAAUCAGCUGCCUUUGGCAGGGAAUGCAAGAGAUGCGAUAGCUCAACAGCCCACAAGUCCCGGUUUGAAUUACAGCCAGGCAUCGUUUCCGUCACUACUGGCUAAUCCACAUGGAACUUUCUAUCAAGGGUACCCCGCAUUACCUCUGUUGAAACCAUGCUACCCGUCUUUCGUUUUCUCCAGUCCUAUUCGACCUGUGAUAGCACCUCACCUGAUGCAGCAACCGCAUCCUCAAGAGGUUUUCAUACCGCCACUCCAGUACAGAAAUCAAAUGAUGUUCACCAACUUAGCCCCACCAAGCUUAGGCCUUCCACCUGUGCCUCAAGCCCAACUUCAGCCACAGUUAUUUCCAUUUUUUCAAGCUGCCACGGCCUUUCCGUGCUCUUCCAGGGUAAAUCCUUACGAGCAGGCACAACAGGCAGCUGGUCCACCAGUUGAUGUCAGUGGCCAACUGGUCUUUACUCAUUCAGCAAUUGCACUCUCCCAAGGUGGUCCUGUCGCUAGUGACUAUCCAGUUCCCAAGAUGGAUUCUCGGGGCUCACACGGUAGUUUUGUGGAUUUCAGUUCAGAUACGUCUUCAAUCGAUGGUUCAUUUGAGGGAGUGGUGACUUCGUUAGAAAAUCACACAGAUGACAAUUUCAAAUCUUUCCUUGAUAAAGCAGAUAACGACUUCGGUUACACAAGUACGGUAGCAUACAGGGACAAUCAUAGAGAACCUGCAGAAGAUUUCAAAGAAAAAAACCCACUAACUGGAAACACAAGUGAUAGCCAGAUAUUUACGCUAGCACAACUUUGUCACAUGAAGGUAUCUGGAGGCAACAUCAGCGCAAGCCAGCAACACUGCGAAAGUCAAGAGGACCCUGUGCAUAAACAGGUUUUAGUUUUGUCACGUGAAGAGAGUGUGAUGGAAAUGGGAAGGCGACUGUCACCGGAUGGAAGUAGCGUGGAGGGCGUUUGUCUCGAUUCAUCAAGCAAUAAUUUCAAAGACGAAUUUUCUAAAGAAGCAAGUGCACCUCCAAGUGAUUGGGACAUUUUGUCAAAAGAAUGUUGUGGCUCCACUCCUACUGGUGUGGAAGAACAGAAGAAUGAAAAUAUUAAAGAUACUGGCCCAUUCCCCAAACCGCAGCGGAUCAAAGGAAAACGUUCUCGGGGAGACAUAGGUACCCGAGGGUCGUCUGUUCUAACCUCAUCGCAUAAUGAUCUUCACCCAGGAAGUGAGCAAGUGACAGUAACGUGUCUAAUCAUGAAUGAACAAUCUUCCACCUGUGAGAGUAAUAACAACUCUCCUAAACUGGAAGAUAGCGGUUUAAGCUGUGUCAACGAUUGCAGUCUGCGUUUAAAAACAAGAAAAAAUCAUAGAAGAGUGCGAUUUUCGAAGCAGGACUCUGCUCGAUGUAGAGAAAGUUCUUCGUCGCUACAGCAGCCCUUCAAACAAAGUAUGGGUGGACCAGCUAGUGACGUCUGGAAAAGAGGUCUUUCUAACAAGUUGCAGAGACCAUUUAAGGAGAAGUCAUCAAGGAAGGCAAUCUUAGAGGAUAAAGUAGCUCAAGCUGGUACAAAAACUGACAAGAACAAUAACUCCUGACUGGAAAAGGUCUCGCUGCGGUUGAGAUUGUAGCAGAUAAGACGGAUCGUCAUCAUAGCCUUCUCGUAGUUCAAAAGCACUAGUAUGGCGGAAUGUUUUUGUCAAGUAACGAUUAAGUGUCAUUCACUAAGCUUCGCUAAAAGGGUUAGAUUAAAUUUCUGUAGUGAAUUGUUUAAUAGUUAAGUUGAAAA